AUGGCAGGGAACUUCUACAAGGGGACCUCCAAGGAGCAAACUCCAUUUUUCAAAGAUAAGGACACACAGCUUAUUGCACAGAGAAAAUGGCCGGCUAUUUUCGAGCAAGAGGUGGACAUGACGAAAGUGAACGUCGAAGUCAUGAAGGCGUGGAUAAACCACAAAAUCACUGAAUUGCUUGGUUUCGAAGAUGACAUUGUCAUUUCUUAUUGUCUCUCUCAGCUGGUGCCGGAAGAGGCUUUAGCUGCAGACGUUGACGAGCGAAAAAAUUACCUGUGCCCGAAAAAACUAGCGAUAUCCCUCACGGGGUUCGUUGGUAAGCAGGCAACGAAUUUUGUCCGCGAACUGUGGAAGCUGCUUUUAAGCGCCCAAGACACGCCCACGGGAAUUCCACCGGAGUUCCUAGAGAACAGAAGGCUGGAAAUGGAAAGGAAAAGAGAGGAGGCUGCACGCAUUAAUGAAGAGCUGGUGCGUAGGCAUGAGCAAAUGAUGGCAUCGGAGUUCAACAAGCAAAUCAAACAGUUCGCCACGGGGACAGCUCCCCCAAAACCACCGACACUCAUAGCCUACGACACGAUUCCGGACACUGGGGGCGGUAUGAGGGGCUGGGAUAACGAUGAUGCACCUGCAACUCGUAUUCGCGCAGGCUCCCAUGAACGCAGCCGGAGUAACAGCCGAAGUCGUAGCCGGUCUGCCGGCAGAAGCCGCCGGGCUCGCGGGGAUAGAUACGAGAGGCGCAGGGGCAGGCGGCGAGGCGAUUCUCGUAGUGUAUCGCAUUCACGGUCCCGCUCGCCAAGCCGAGGCCGGGAGAGGGAUCGUGACCGUCGGCGUGGGCGUUCUAGCGACCGUGAUUGA